UGGGAGGCUGCGCGCAUGUGUAACUCUGCCUUCCUGGGAUCUUGCGGUGAGGAUUUUUUCAUUAAGGAGCGGAGAGACGAUUAGAAGCCCUGAGACUGCAGGAAAAUGUCUCGCCAGGCAAAUCGAGGUACCGAGAGCAAGAAAAUGAAUUCAGAGCUAUUCACUCUGACCUAUGGAGCUCUAGUUACGCAACUCUGUAAAGAUUAUGAAAAUGAUGAAGAUGUCAAUAAACAGUUGGAUAAAAUGGGGUACAACAUUGGCGUCAGACUGAUUGAAGAUUUUUUGGCUCGUUCUAAUGUUGGAAGAUGCCAUGAUUUCCGUGAAACUGCAGAUGUUAUUGCAAAGGUUGCUUUUAAAAUGUAUCUGGGUAUAACUCCCAGUGUGACCAACUGGAGUGCAGCUGGAGAUGAAUUUUCAUUGAUUCUGGAAAAUAAUCCACUUGUGGACUUUGUGGAAUUGCCUGACAACCAUUCCAGUUUGAUUUACUCUAAUCUCCUCUGUGGAGUUCUGAGAGGUGCAUUGGAAAUGGUUCAAAUGGCAAUUGAUGUGAAAUUUGCCCAAGACACACUCAGGGGUGACAAUGUGACAGAAAUCAGAAUGAAAUUCAUUAAAAGGAUUGAAGAAAAUCUUCCAGCUGGAGAAGAAUAGCAUUUCAUAGUGCAGCAUUUUUUUUGGACAGUAAGAAGAUAUUCUCUCAAUACUAUAGAUUGUUGUAUUGUGAAGUUUGUUUAUUGGCAAAAGUUUGACACUUAUAAGAGCAGGAAUGGAAGACAAUUUAUUGAAAAUGGAAUUAAGCUAGAGAGACUCUUUAAACUGAAAACAGCAGUGAAUUCCUGCUCUCAUGCUCUUCCACCUUCUUUGAGAUCAUAUUCAAAAAGUUGUGUUUUUCUUUACUGUUCUAUAAUCUGUAUUUCUGUGGAUUGCAAAUCUGUUUGAGGUGCAAAAAAAUGCUACCUUCACCUGUUCUUCUGACAUAAACCCCAUAGGUUGCUGUUAAAGAAUGCAAUGUUAUGUACAAGGUGACUACUCCCCCCUCGCUCCAUCCCAUAUUUGUCAAAACCUUCUGCUCAGAAUGACUGAAGAGCCAUAUCAUUGAUGUGUACCUUUGUUUCUGAUGGCUGACAUCAUGGAUUUGUGGAAUUUAAUGUUGGUAGUAAGGUGGAGAUGAAUGGAAUUUGAAGAAAUCUUGAAGGUUAUUUUAAAAUGGUAAAUGUUGGAAAUACAUUCAGGUACUGACUGAUCUGCUAAAGAGAGAAGACAGGUUAGUGUGUGUUUGAGUGAAGCCUGGUGGAGUUUUACGUUUUUCCCAAUUUUCAUUGUUUCUAAUAUUUGCAUUUUUUUCUUAUUAGAAUGGUUGCGAGCUUAUUGAGGGUGCUAUGUAUCUUGCAUCAUGGUGAUCUGAUUCUCCUUCUACAUUGCUUUAUUUAGAAUUGAAUUUGGUAUAGAUUCCACUCCAGUGUAAAUCUUUUCCUCCAACUGUUUGUGGAUUGUACAUUCCAGAGAUGGUCCAUUAAAACAGAAACAGAACUAUGAAUUUCUUCCAAUGCUGCAAAGCAAGAACAGUGAAAAUCCAUCCCCCACAUCCUUUCAAUAAACAGACAAUAUAGCUGCCUGACAAAUGAUUCUAGCAGGUUAUCAGUGACACAUUGUAUCAUCAUCACAAUCCCAAUAAGAUGAUACAAAGAUGCACUUUGUAAAGAAGCUGCAGCAUUGAAAGUGGUUGUGUGAAUGCACCAAUUUGAUAGAAUUAGAGGGCUCCAUUCAAAUUGUUAUAGUCAAAUACUGCAAUCCCCAUAGUCUGGCUCUAGAAAGCCUAUUAUAUUUUGCUUGGCUAUGGUGGAUACAGAAAAUGUUUCAGCAGGAAACUAAAUAUGCUUCGUGUGUUCAGAAUUCAACAUUUUACCCAUCUCCAGGACUGCAUCAUUGGAGUCCCAAAAAUGCUGAAAUCAAUUGCUGAGACUUCAUUUGGAUCCAUGAUGUAAUUAACUUAUUUGCAUCUCUUUCUUGUUAUUUUAAAUAUUCCUGAUCUGUUAACUGCUUUGACAGGUGUAACUUUCAGUCCAAAUUAGAACAUAGUACUGGUAUUCUAAUAUAUUCUGUUGUUUCUAACUCUGAAUCUCUCUUGCCUGGCACUUCAUUUCAUGAUGUGGAAAAUGUGCAUAUUUACUUAUCCGGUAAUGUUAAGCCAUGAUGAUAGUGGCAGUGAAAGAUAAAUGGAAAACUGGAUAACAAAAUAAAAUAAAACAGUCAUUUAAACUCUCAAAAAGAGAAUAAAGAUACAUUUAGUUCUAAUUCCAAGAAACAGAUUUGGUUGAUCUUUUUCAUUAUGUCCAUAUCAUUCCUUUCAGUAGCACUUGGUUAUCUAGUUUUUGCCUGGUGGAGGAAAAAAAAGUUUUAAUUGAAAUUAUUUCUUUAGAAGCAAUGGACAAAUUUUCCCCUUCCUUUAAUAUUGUGCUGCUUUGCAGUUGAGAGGUUGCCAGAUAUGUGGACAAAAUGAGAGGGAGACUUGUAACAAAAACCAAAACAAGCAUGAUUUUUCUGUUUAUAUGCAGCUUGGAGAAUUUUCUAAACUUGAUACAUCUUCAAAGAUUAUUGAAACAAUAUUUUGAAAUUUACUGUAAUUACGAAUUCAUAGAACAGUUGAUCUGACUCACUGUCCAGUUCCCCAUGAACACGGAUAUUCAGCACUGGAUUUGGUUAAAAAUAUACUUUUAACCAUUUUGUUUGUUUAUUAUAGGUUCUGUUUGCACUAGAGUUAACUUGAAGCUAAGCCAGUUCACCUUUGAAGGAUGAAAAUUAAAUUAUUGAUGAAACCCAUUCCCCACUCCAACCUGGCUCCAGAACUGGAACCCUGGUUCAAAUCAAAGGCAGUAAAUAUGCAGCAUUGCACUAUACAGGAGAUGUUACAUUUAAAUAUGAAUUUAAUACUGAAUAAAUAUAUACAGCUGUAUCAUUUGUACUAUUUUAAGAUAUAGACUUUAUUGAAUAUUCUGCCUUUAUUAAAACUUUCCUAAAGGGACAAAGUGAAAUGCGACAUGAACCAGGAAGAAGACAUGUGGCUGAUGGACCAUAAAUAUAAUUUCUUUUAUAAUCCAAAAAUUUUCAAUAUUUAUACAACAAAAUUAUACUGAAAUGCACAAAAACACAAAGCAUGAACAAAGGUUUUGUCAUCAAAACUUCACUUUUGAAUGAAAACUAAAUUACUUGAAAGAUAUAAUUUAAAACCAAAUCUAAAAUAGUUUACCAAUGAAUAUAAAGUCUGGAGUGAAAAAAAGCUCCACUCAUCAAGCUCCUUUUAUACAAUUUACUUUGCAGUUCAUUUCAUCUUCUGAAGGAAAAGAAGAACAUUACUACAUUUCUAAGAUGAGGGUGAAAUUUCAAAAGAUAUAUGGAUGCCAGUAAACCUAAUUGGCCCAGUUAAUUAGGAGCAGUAAUCACUAAAGUAAACUAUAUGCUACCUUAGCAAAUGAACUCACGGAGAACGUUGAGCUAAGAUUGCAUAGUGCUCUGGUCAAAUUAUAGCAAUUUCUCUUGAUGGUACAAGCAGGACAUGUUCAAUCCCUUGAAGCGAUGUCUUUAAUUCUUCAGUCACAGAUGAAUGUUUUACUUGAUCUUUGUACAGUUGUUAUCAAAUUAAUGGUUUCUGGGUCAGUACCUCAAGAAGAAACUAAGCCAUUCAAUUCAAAUAAAAACUCUUGUGUGAUUUGUUCAAGUCUAUAUUGUUGACAGCUUUUUUGAAUUAAACCAAGAAGUUAUUUAAA